AUGCGGGUAUAUGCGAAGGUCUCACGUACGCAGAGAUCAGAGAGCGUUACCCGGAACAAUUCACUGCUCGUGAUCAGGACAAGUAUCACUACAGGUAUCCAUCGGGAGAGGUAAUCUGUGUUCACUUCUUAACUACUUAUUUAAAUACUGUUUCUGAACGACUAUAUUGGCUUAGUGUGAGUCACAUCGUAUUGAAUUGAAU